CGUUGGUCGUCUUCUGGAGGCACCCUGAUUCAUCUCAGACAAUGCUCCAACUCAACAGUCGAAUUUCGGUUGCUGCCGCAAGCAUUUCAAAUGAAGCGGAAGACGCUAGGGAACAACAGAUUCGGGCAGUGUCUUGGGACACUGUUCCCACUGUGGAUAGUGUUUGUAGUGGUGUACGUUAGUGGCCAACAGGGCGAUGACGGUACUCUCGAGGUACAAAUGAAAGAUGGUGAUAAGGUGGUUAAGGUUCAGUUGGAACCCUUCAUGGAUAUGUGCCGGGGGACGUACAAACUACCGUCUGCCAUAGCCAGCACACUGUUCUGCUGGUACGAUGUUCGGAACACGCACAGCCUGCUGACGCCGUCCAAGGUGGAAGUGCUCAGUAACGAUCCGUUCGUGGCCCUGAUGCACGAUAUGGUGUACGAUGGUGAGAUCGCACAGCUGCAGGCGUUGGGCGACACACACAUUAAACGGUCCGGGAUUACCAACGAUAGCUGGUUGCCGGUGUUUUACGACAACCAUCAAACGUACACGCUGCACGAUCGGGACCAUCCGGUGGUGGAACGAUUGACGCGACGCAUCGAACGGGCGACCGGGUUAAGCUGUGAAACGGCCGAAGACUUGAAAAUGAUCUACAACGAGGUCGGUGCGUUUAAGACGAGUGAGAUCGAUGCCAUCCAGACGAAGGCGGAGCUACAUCGUUUUGCCUACGCUGGCGAUCGACUAGCGACGGUUCUGCUCUUCCUGAACGACGUACCAGAAGGAGGAUACACCAUUUUCCCCAAGCUGCGCGUCGUUAUUCCACCACAGAAAGGUACGCUAGCGUUCUGGUACAAUCUGAAGGCGACCGGUGAAGCGAACCCGCUCAUGAAGUACAGCAUCUGCCCACUAAUGUCGGACGUAAAGUGGACGGCGAAGAAGCUUAUUCACACGCGCGGUAACGAGCUCCGUCAUCCGUGCAGUCCGGAUGCCGCACCGAAGCCGAAACAGCAGAACUAAUUAGUGACAAAUCUGCCCGUCUGCUGCUGUCACAACAAACGCCACGUGACACGGCCUGGAAUUACUUAACCGAAAAUCGAUAAUAAAGCUGGAAAACAAUACC